AGAAGAAGCCCGAGGCGAGCAGGAGGAAGCGUCAAGAUGGAGACGAUCGGUGGCUAAAGUGACAGAGCCGUUAAUUAUAACGUGAUCAUAAACCAUAAGCCGUACAUGGUUCUUCAAAAAAAAAAAAAAAGAAUAUCUUUAAAGAAGAAUCUAGCUAGUUAACUGUAGCUAGAUAGCUAACUCUGCAUUGGAUAUUGUUGAUAUAACCAGUCACCAUGGCGACAGACAUCGGCUCGCCGCCACGGUUCUUCCACAUGCCGCGGUUCCAGCACCAGGCGCCGCGGCAGGUCUUCUACAAGCGGCCUGACUUCGCCCAGCAGCAGGCCAUGCAGCAGCUCACCUUCGACGGCAAGCGCAUGAGGAAGGCCGUCAACCGCAAGACCAUCGACUACAACCCAUCUGUCAUCAGAUACCUGGAGAAUCGGUUGUGGCAGCGAGACCAUCGAGAUUUCCGUGCCAUUCAGCCUGAUGCAGGGUGUUACAAUGACCUCGUUCCACCCAUCGGCAUGCUGAAUAACCCCAUGAACGCUGUCACUACAAAGUUUGUCCGAACCUCCACCAACAAAGUCAAGUGUCCUGUUUUUGUCAUACGGUGGACUCCUGAGGGCCGUCGUCUGGUCACCGGCGCCUCCAGUGGGGAGUUCACCCUGUGGAACGGACUCACCUUCAACUUUGAGACCAUUUUACAGGCCCACGACAGCCCCGUGCGAGCCAUGACCUGGUCUCACAACGACAUGUGGAUGCUGACGGCCGACCACGGCGGCUACGUGAAGUACUGGCAGUCCAACAUGAACAACGUCAAGAUGUUCCAGGCUCACAAGGAGGCCAUUAGAGAAGCCAGCUUCUCGCCCACGGAUAAUAAAUUUGCCACGUGCUCGGACGACGGCACCGUCCGAAUCUGGGACUUCCUGCGCUGCCACGAGGAGAGGAUCCUCAGAGGUCACGGUGCUGAUGUUAAAUGUGUGGACUGGCAUCCCACCAAGGGCCUGGUGGUCUCCGGCAGCAAAGACAGCCAGCAGCCAAUCAAAUUCUGGGACCCAAAGACCGGCCAGAGCCUGGCCACCCUCCACGCCCACAAGAACACGGUGAUGGAGGUGAAGUGGAACCUGAACGGUAACUGGCUGCUGACGGCAUCACGUGACCACCUCUGCAAACUGUUUGACAUCCGGAACCUGAAGGAGGAGCUGCAGGUGUUCAGGGGCCACAAGAAAGAGGCGACAGCUGUGGCCUGGCAUCCCGUCCACGAAGGCCUGUUCGCCAGCGGCGGCUCCGACGGGUCCCUUCUCUUCUGGCAUACGGGUGUGGAGAAGGAGGUGGGCGGGAUGGAGAUGGCUCACGAGGGGAUGAUCUGGAGUCUGGCCUGGCACCCGCUGGGUCACAUCCUCUGCUCGGGGUCCAACGACCACACCAGUAAAUUUUGGACGAGGAAUCGUCCGGGCGACAAGAUGAGGGACCGAUACAACCUGAACCUGCUGCCGGGGAUGUCAGAAGACGGCGUGGAGUACGAUGACCUGGAGCCGAACAGCGUGGCCUCCAUCCCCGGCAUGGGCAUCCCGGAGCAGCUGAAGGUGGCCAUGGAGCAGGAGCAGAGCGCAGGUAAAGAGGUGGCUCCUGAGGUGGAGAUGUCCAUCCCCGGUCUGGACUGGGGCAUGGAGGAGGUCAUGUCCAAAGACAUGAAGAAAGUCCCGCAGAAGAAAGUCCCGUACGCCAAACCGAUCCCUGCACAGUUCCAACAGGCCUGGGCUGAGAACAAGGUGCCUGUGAUGCCCCCUGGUGGAGAAUUACCCAAAGAGCGGAAGGUGGAGCAGAAACCGGACGGGAAGAAGAAAACUCAGGCAGAGAUCGAGCAGGAGAUGGCAGCGCUGCAGUACACCAACCCCAUGCUGCUGGAGCAAAUCAAGAUGGACCGCAUGAACCAGAUGAAUACAGACGGGAACAUGGGCCCCCCGCCAGGACAGGGCCCCAUGGCACCCUUCCCCGGCCCUGGGGGCCCCAUGCCUCCCCCGCCACAGGGCUUCCCUCCAAACAUGCCCCCUCAGCAGAUGCCCCACAACAUGGGGCCCCCCAUGGGCCCCGGAGGCAUGCAGCCUCCUUUCAUGCCCCCAGGACAGAUGGGCCCCCCUUCCGGACCCCCACCUCAAGGGGCCCCUCAAGGCAUGAUGGGGCCCCCAGACAUUCAUGGACCGCAAGGUAUGCAGAGACACCCGGGUCCCCACAGGAACAUGGGCCCUCAGGGGCCUCAUGGCAUGGCCCCAGGACCCAGAGGGAUGCAGGGGCCUCCUGGAGGGAUGAUGGGGCCCCCUCCUCGAGGAAUGGGUCCCCGGGAUCCUCAGGGACCUCCGCCUCAGGGGGGCAUGAUGCCACAUCAAGGGAACAUGAUGGGCCCCCAAGCUCCUAUGCAGGGUGGGAUGAUGGGGCCCCCACCCAGGACACAUGGCAAUGUGCCAAACAAUUAUGGCAUGGGUAACAUGCAGGGGCCACCCCCAGGAGGGAUGCACGGGCCCCCAGGAAACAUGCAGGGGCCACCAGGGAACAUGCAGGGACCCCCAGGCAACAUGCAGGGGCCCCCAGGUAACAUGCAAGGAGCCCCUGGAAAUAUGCAGGGGCCGCCUGGAAACAUGCAGGGGCCGCCUGGAAACAUGCAGGGGCCGUACAUGCAGCACCAGGGCCAAAACUCAGGGCCCAUGAUGCACGGGAUGGGGCAGCAGGGACCCAACAACAAAGAUCCGAGGGGGCCACCACCGAACCACCACAUGGGACCUCCUGAUCGCCAGGGGCCUGGAGGGCCUGGAGGCCCCGGGGGACCUGGAGGCCCCGGGGGACCCGACCAGGGCUCAGGGCCUUACUGGGGUGACGGCCAGCAGGGCCGGCGUGGACCACAGGACUUUGACGGAGGCCAGGAUUUCCACGGCCGAGGAGAGGAGGGCUGGAGAGGAGGACCCGGCCAGGGCUACCAGGGGGGAGGAGGGGGCCACCGAGGGGGCGGCGGGGGCGGGGGGAACGGCGGCAACUGGGGGCCCGAGGAGAGGUUCCCCCGUGACGGUGCAGACUUCCGAGGACGGAGAGACGACAGGUACAGAGGCGGCGGCCCGUCCCGAGCCGGAGGCAGAGGCUAUGCCGACGAGUACGGCGGCCAGGACGACAGCUUCGACGGCCCAGACGAGAUGGGCCGAGGCUGGGAGGGCGCGGGCAGGGGGAGGCCGCCCCGAGGUGGAGGUCCGCCCAGAGGAGGAGGAGGCGGCGGGCGGCAGGGUCUGCUCCCCAUCCCGGACGAGUUCCCCUCGCACUACGAGGGAGGCAGGAACCAGGAGUCCUGGGAGGGCGGCAGAGACCAAGGUCACGAGGGUUACCGAGACGCCGCACAGAUGCAUGAUGGGUCGUCUCCGGCCAACCGCGAGCGCUCGUCCUCCCUGCAGGGCAUGGACAUGGCCUCGCUGCCCCCCCGCAAGCGGCCCUGGCAGGACGGGCCGGGCACCGGGGACCCCCGAGACCGAGAGUCACCCGGGGCCGACGGAGGAGGUCGGCCUUCUCAGAGGGACGAGGGAGGUUACGGUCCGUCCGGGCGAGGCGGCCGGGGCGGCUGGGGUCCCGGCGGAGGAGGGGGGGGCGGAGGACCCACCACCCGCAGAGGAGGGUCCAGAGGAGCGCCGCGGGGGGGGCGGGGCCGAUAGCCGAACACACAAAUCAAAUGAAAAGCGAGGAAAUCAGCCCACAUCCACAGCUCCGGCCCGGCCGUCCCUCCUGCACUGACCUCAGACAGUUUGGGGAUUUCUGGCUUUCGCCGUCGACCCCAAAGUGUUUGGAAAAUAAUGGAACAAUCCCGUCUCACUUUACUGUAAACACGCAGCCGCCGCCUGUCUCACCCCCCCACUCUGACGACCCGACGCUGUGAAGGCGAAUCCACAGCUUCCAGCGACAUGGACUUCUUUUUUUUAUGCCACCGUUUUGACGUCCGGAGCGUUUCAUGACGACGCCACCGAGCAGGAAACAUCGUUCACACACUCGGAUCCGACUGAGGCGAGGCUUCCCGUCUGCCUCCAGCCCGGGAGGAGGAGGAGCCCCGUGUGUGUGCGUGUGUGUGUGUGUGUGUGUGUGUGUCGGACUGCAGGGACCAAAAGACAGAAGGGAGGUGGGCGGCCUGAUGGCAGGGAGGAGGGAGCCUGCCUCUCGGUGGUUUUUGUCUUUUUUCACGACAGACAGCAGCGUGUUAGGGCCGCUGCUGGCACGGAAAAAAAGACCCGCGGGAAGGGAGCGGUAAUAUUCUGAGGAAAAAACUCUGAAUUUUCAAGGUUAAAUGUGUAAAUUUAUGAUAUUCUCUGAGAUUAAAGUGGUAAAUUACAGAAAAAAAAUCAUUUUUGAAAAAAUUAUACAGAUUAUAAAGUCACAAAUUUGUGAGAAAAACAACUCCGAAAUUCUGUGAUUGUACAAGAAAAAAUUCACAAACUUCACAAACAAGAAAAAAAAAAACUCAAGGAACCAAGCGCCGAAAUCAGAAAAGCGAAACGAUCCUUGACUCCAAAAAAAAAAAGUGUAAAAAAUUAAUUUACCACUUUAAUAUCAAAGAGAAUUUCCCCCCUGACACGCCGUCAGACUCACGGUUUGCUCUCCUGGAUCUGCAGCAUCGUCUCCUCCUGCGGACAAAGCGACUCAAACGUCGGGUCGCCGCUGCCGAGGCUGCUGGGAAAUCACAAAACGCACUCACGGGAUUAAACUGACGGACUCUUUUUCAUGGACGCUGCUAAUAGCUCAUAUUUCACAUGAUUCACAUUUCCUCAUAAUAACAGGGUCACACUCAUCCAGUCUUUUAUCUUUCUACAUUUUUGCAGAAGGGAACGUUUCCAUCUCUCUUCUGUGCCGCCAAAUGGAAAAAAAUAAAAGAUGAAGUCCAAACCUUUAUUGUUAAAGUCCCCUUGACGUGACCUCACAUGACCUCUGCUUCCUUAAACAGUGACAUCAUCGUCUAUUUAAAUAAAACCUUCACAAAACUUCACACGUCCUCUCUCUUCCACCUCGUCCCUCCUCCCUGCACCGCGUCCCGCCCACACUUCCUGUUUCAACAGGAAAUGCCUCAAAUCAACAAAGUAAGAGUCCGUUUCAUGGGGUCUUUAAUGAAUUCCAGCAGUUUGAGGAUUAACACACGCCACGUAGGUUCAGGACAGCGGCGUCCCGAAACCAGCGCCACGUCACGUUCAUCGCCAUUUUUACUCCAAAAAUGUUGAAGUCUCCUGUGUUUCAUCCAGACUUUUAUUCUUGUGAGGACAGGAGAGCGCCUGCAGCUGCUCAGACGCUCCGACAACUGCAGAAUCUGUCCGUCGCACGCAGAACGAGCGAGUGAGGCUGCACGAAACGCGAGCUGGGAGGCUCCGACCCAAACGCACAAACCGCAACCAAACUUUCCCAGGAUGCAGCUGGAGCCGGGCGCCCCCCCCCCUCCCUCUCCGGACGCACGCCCCCGCCCCUUCCCUCCGUCUCGGUUUCCAGACGUCCUCCUCGCGCUCGCCGGGCCGGAAAACAGACUGGAGACGAAAUAAGAAGGAAGUGUGAAUAUUUUUUCUGCUGGACUUCCCGGAUCCAGGAGCUGGAAACUGAGACGGAAUCAGGCGGCGACUUUUCCUUUUUCCUUUCUUUUCUUUUCUUUUCUUGAGGGAACGCAGGGCUUCAUGCUGACGGACUGAAAUGUGUAAAACUCUUCUUCGCUCAUUUCACUCGGGAUCCUCUGAGUCCUCUUCCUCUGAACAGACAGACAAACAAACAAACAAACAAACACUGGCUGGUUUUGCACCCGGGCGUCACCGAUGGCGACAGAAACGGAACAGAAAAAAAAAAACAGAGCGGGGUCUGAACGCAUCACUCCCCGAGUCCUCAGCUCCACUUAUUUAAGUUAAUUUUUUUAAUGUGAAAUAAUGGAGAGAAUCAUCACGCUGUGUCUCGGCCGGGCGCCGCCUCGUCUCCGGGCGUCCCUCCUUCUGUUUGUACAGUUUGUCUCCAGAUCGUUCUUGUUUUUGUCCAUUUUUGUAUGAGACUAUAAUAGAGUUUGUGCAAAGUUUACCAGA